CUGACUUCCCGCCUACCUUUCCGCCUGGCUUGCAGAGGACUGUCUGACUUAGUCAGAAAAUGUCUCACUACCAUUUCAUCAAAUGCUGUUGUUUCCAGCUGUGUAAUGUCUUCCGUCAGAACAUGGAGAUAGACCAGUGUCUGCUGGAGUCUCUCCCCAUCGGCCAGCGCCAGCGGCUGGUCCGGAGGAUGCGCUGUGACCAAAUAAGGGCGUACUACGAGAGGGAAAAGAGCCUCCGGCGCCAACAAGGUGGAAUCGGGGCGCGAGCGCCGCCCGCCGCCCGCCGCAAGAAGCGCCGCGUCCGAUUCAGCCGCGCCGACGGCAUGCGGGACGCCGUCGUCCGCCGGGACGACAAAGAAGUGCUGCGGCUCCUGAAGGAGGGAGCAGACCCCAACACGCCCAUUUCUUCUGGGGGAUCCUUGCUACACCUGUGUGCUCGCCAUGACAACGUGUUCGCGGCAGAGCUUCUGAUCGAUCGAGGCCUGAACGUCAACCUGCAGGACGAGGACCUGUGGACAGCCCUGCAUGUAGCGUGUGUGUGUGACCACGCAGACGUGCUGCUGCUGCUGCUGCUGACCGGGGUGAAUGUCCUGCUGCAGGACGUCAACGGAAACAUCGCUCUGGAAUACGCCUCCGAGGGAACGCAGACGAGCUACAUCCUCCGAAAGCACCUGGAGGACAAUGGCGUGGAUGUGUCAUCCGUGCACGCCAUGACGAUGCAGAGGCGUAGCACCAUGCUCUCUGAUGUCAGGCAGCUUGUCGCCACAAGGGGAAGCCUCAACCAGCCCAACGACGACGGGGUCACGCUGCUCCACAUCGCGUGUGCCAGUGGUUAUAGAGAGGUGGUCUCUGUGUUGUUGGAGAGUGGAGCGGACCCUCAUCCAGCUGACAACAACUUCUGGACCCCUCUCCACCUGGCUGCUAAAUAUGGACAGACGAGCAUCGUUAGCCAGCUCCUGAGGCACCGCGCCAACCCGACUCUGUUGAACUGCAACCAAGACAGGCCCUCAGACAUUUCCACGUCCGAGCCCACGGCCGACAUGCUGCUGAAAGCAGAGGAGAGCUGGCUGCAGAGGCUGAAGGACCCGUCGGCUCCUCUACCCGCCACGGACCAACGCUACGAGGGCGGCUCCCACGACCUCAACACUCCUCUCAAGAACCUGAGCCCCCUGGGUCUCUCCAUGUCUAAGCGGGACAGUCUGCUGGAGAAGUGUGCCAUGUUCAGAGAGGCCGGGGGAGCCCUGACCCGGCAGCCCUCGCAGGACAACGGCCUGGACGGACACUUUAGCUCUGGCGCCGGCAAACUGGAGCAGGUCAAGCUGAUGCCUCCCGCCCCCAACGACGACCUGGCGUCCCUCAGCCAGCUGACCGACAGCAGCCUGCUCUACGAGAUGCAGAAGCGCUUUGGAAACGACCAAAUCUAUACGUACAUUGGACACAUCCUCCUGCUGGUCAACCCAAACAAAGAGCUGCCCAUCUACUCCAAUUUGGUGAGUCAGUUGUACCUGAGCUCCACGGGGCGUCUGUGCUCCUCUCUGCCGCCUCACGUCUUCUCCUCUGCAGAGAGAGCUUACCACAUGAUGCUGCAGGAGAGGCGCCCGCAGUGUUUCAUUCUGAGUGGUGAAAGUGGUUCUGGGAAAACUGAGGCCUGUAAGCACAUCGUGAGACACCUGACGGCUCGCUCCGCCCCCAAAGGCUUAGCGCUGGAGCCCAGGAUGAAACAUGUUAACUGCCUUCUGGAGGCCUUCGGUCAUGCAAAGACUCUGAGGAACAACAACUCGAGCCGCUUCAUCAAGCUGCUGACCGUGCACUAUUGUGACAAGAGGAGGACUCUGCUCAGAGCCCGUGUGUACACCCACAUGCUGGAGAAGUCUCGCCUGGUCCACCGGCCUCCUCACCAACACAGCUUCAACAUCUUUUAUUUGAUGGCUGAAGGCCUGUCACCUGAGGAGAGCAGCGCACUCUACCUCAGCAAUGUCCUGGCUCAUAGGUAUCUUGGCGGAGGACUUCUGGGGGAGAGCCCUCCAGUAGCUACAACCCAGAGCAGGGAACGCCUGGCAGCAGUCAAACAAGCCCUGCGCGCCCUGGGCUUCAACAAGCAGGAGGUGGAUUCGGUGUUCAUGCUGCUGUCUGCCGUGCUCCAUAUUGGGGACCUACGUUUUACCUCACUGACGGAUGACGACACGGCCUUCCCUUCUGACCUGCAGCUGCUGGAAAGAGUUGCUGGAUUGCUGCAGGUGUGCUCCAGUGACUUAAGCUCCGCCCUCACCUCUGACGUCCAGUACUUCAAAGGUGACUUGAUCACGAGGGGCCACACAGUGGAGGCGUCGGAGCAGUGCAGAGACCAGCUUGCGAAGGGCAUCUACGGGCGCCUCUUCAGCUACCUGGUCAACAGUACCAACGACUACCUGCAGGGACAAGACGACAGCAUUGGUGAUCCUGCCUUGGAAAUUGGGAUUUUGGACAUCUUCGGAUUUGAAGAACUUCAGAGGAAUGGCUUUGAGCAGCUGUGCGUGAACAUGACCAACGAGCGGCUGAGGCGCUACGUCUCUGAGGUGCUCUUCCAGCAGGAGCAGACUGAGUGUCUGCAGGAGGGCAUCGCCAUGGAGACCCCUCCCUACCCCGGCAACCAGCCAGCCGUUCUGGACUUCUUUCUUCAGGAGCCUCAGGGGUUGCUGUGCAUGUUAGACGAGGAGAGCCAGAGCCCGCGGCCGGCCGAGCAGGCGCUGUACAAGAGGCUGUCGGCCCGGCUGGACUCCCAUCCCACUCCGUGUCUCUCCCUCACCACCAAGGAUGGCAACGGAAACCCGCCGCCCAAAGACCAGGGCCCAGCGUUCACCGUCAGCCACUAUGCCGGACAGAUUUCCUACGAUCUCACAGGAUCACUCACCAGAAACAAGGACUCUCUUCCUCAGAACCUCCUGUUCACGAUGAAGUCCAGUGAGAGUGUGUUGCUGCAGCAGCUCUUCCAGUCCAAGUUGACUCCGACUGGUUCUCUGGUGCCAGCGGCCCAUGGCCGUGCUGGGCUCAGGGGGCCUAAAGCGGCCCUGUUGCUCCACAGGAGGCCCCCAGCCGCCCCCAUCACUGCCAACAUUGUGCCCCAACGGUCCCCGAGGUGCCAUGACCUCACCGAGAUCUUGAAGAAGAAGGGCUCGAGCUCCUUCCUCCAAAGGCUGGAGCGCUGUGGGCCCAUCACGGUGGCUGUCCAGCUGAGGAACUCUCUGUCAGACGUGAUCGGUAAGCUGCAGGCGUGCACGCCUCACUUUGUGGAGUGUGUGCGCCCCAACGCCAGCGGUCAGCCGGACGGUUUUGACAGCGUCAAAGUGUCGACCCAGCUGCAGCACAUCGGGGUUCUGGAGAUGGUGCGCAUGAUCCGUUACGGAUACCCCGUCCGCCUGUCCUUCCCGGGCUUCCUGAGCAGAUAUAAAGACAUCGUGGUCCUGACUUUGGGAGACGAGAAGAAGUUGUCACCAGAAGAGAGAUGUCGCUCAGUUCUGCAACAGUCCAAACUCCAGGGAUGGCAGAUGGGCAGCAGCAAGGUUUUUCUAAAGUACUGGCAGGCAGACCAGCUCAACGACCGCUGCUACCAGCUUCAUAAAAAGAUCAUCACCUGCCAGAAGGUGGCGCGAGGCUGGCUGGCCCGACAGCGCGUUCGUCAUCGGCUGCCGUCGCGGCAGACAGAGGAGCGCAGUGUGCAGCGGCUCCUGCAGGGGGCGGAAGACAUGGGGCUGCGAACCUACGACCAGUUGGUUAUCCAGAAUGCAUCCGACAUCGCGAGAGAGAGCGACCGCCUGCGCUGCCAUGGCAACAGCCUUCUCAACACCCUUAGCAACAGCCCACCACUUGGUGAGAGGCCCGAGCCGGUGGGCAAGGAGGAGGAUCCGCCUGUCAGGAGGGUUGUGGAGAAAAGCGGGAAGAGUCGCCACUAUCGGUCCAGCUCCGUGCCCAUCCCCCUCGCCAUGGAGAACAUGGUCCAUUCCUUUGGCGCUAUAUCCAUCAAACCAGCCCUGCAGCAGGUCGCUCAUACCAAUGAGGACGCAGCAGGGGGGGGAUGUCUUUCCUCUCCCCGGAAGCAACCUCCGCCCAAACCAAAGAGGGACCCCAACACUCGUCUGAGUGCAUCUUAUGAAGUAGUUAGUGCCGGGUUGACGAUGGCGGCCAAAGAGUGCCCCACUCCAGAGGGGUGUGGUUCGCCGGCUGGAAGCCCUCCCAAAUCCCAGCUGUCCCCCACAGACCCUGAAGCGCUGUCCAAACCCCGCCCCCACAGCGACGACUACACAACCACGAGGAAGGUGCCACCCCCCAAACCGAAGCGCAGUCCCAACACUAAGCUGAGCGGCUCGUACGAGGAGAUCAACGCCGUGUCCCCUCACUUCCACCAGCUGCGUCCCGCCGACGUGAAGCUCGCCAUGCUGUCGCGUGCCGGUGGAUUUGGAGGGUUCGCCGGUCUGCUGAAGAAGGCGGCCUCUGUGGACGCUCCCCGAGGGUUGGGACUGAGCCUCUACCAGGGCCGGGAUGAAGAGGACGUGUACAUCGAGAUGCUGGGCUCCCAGGCGCGGGCUCGAAGUCUCCAGGAGCCCCCCGACAGUCCGGAGCCGGCUGACUCGGAGGCCGUCUAUGAGGAGAUGAAAUAUUUCCCGUACGAGGAUGGUGCAAUGCCUGCCACUGUGGUGAGCAAGGCAGCCAAAUUGGAGGCGCUGGGCUUGGGCCUGGUGGGAUUCGGGGCGUUUCACGCUCAAAGCGGGGACGCCAAACGGACGGCGGCGGGGCUGACCGCCGCCCUGGACAUCGCUCACUCUCAGAGCACGUUCAACAGCGGCUGUGACAUCCCGGCUCCCUUCCCCAACUUGCUUCCCCACCGGCCACCUCUCCUGGUGUUCCCCCCCUCCCCCGUCACCUGCUCUCCUGCAUCCGACGAGUCGCCCCUCACCCCGCUGGAGGUGAAGAAGCUGCCUGUGUUUGAGACCAACCUGAACUUUGCCACCGGCCCCGACAGCCCUCUGUCCCCGCAGUACGCCCGCCAGAGGGCCGACUCCUCCCCCAGCCUCACUGUGCUCAUGCCAGAGAAUAAGGCUCCGCCUCCUCUCACCCCUCCACCUCCUCCCCCCAAUGCCCCACCUCCCCCCUACAGACCUCCCUCAUACUUCCCCUUCCCACCUGAGGCUAACUUCCUGGCUCUGACCCGGGCAGCAUCUGUGACGGGGAGCAGCUCGGACCCCCCCAAAACCUCAUCCUCUCACAGGACGAGUGUGGAGCCGCUCGGGAAGCCACCUCCCUACUCCCCCGUGAAGAUGUCCCGCCCUGAGCCCCGGAGGGCACACUCGUGCUCCUCCUCUCCCCUGCUGUUCAAUCCAGCCAAUGGCAGGUCCCUGACCAGCCCCCUGGACGAGCUCAACACCCUGUUCAGCUCCGGGCGCAGCCUGCUGCGGAAGUCCAACUCCGGGCGCAAGAUGCGAGAUGGAGGGUUCAAUUCCAACAUCAAUCUGCCAAGGAGGGAAGAUUGUGGCUCCGCCCCCACUUCGCCAUCGCUGCAGCUCCAGGACAAGAAUGCCAACAACCACACACACCCUCACUCCUCAAGCCCCGCCCCCGCUGAGAACGGCAACCAGAUCUCCAACGGGUCGCUGGAGGAUGAGAGUCGCAUCAAGUCAAACUCAUCCACCUCCACCUCUCUGCACAGACACAUGGACAGCCAUCAUACUCAGGUGUUCCAGCGGUUACGUCUGUCCAACCGGGACGAGAGCGCCGCCCUCGGGGAGCUUCUGCGAUGGCGGCGAUCGCAGUGUGAGGGGCGGGGCGACGGGGAGCGCCGUCCUCCUCAGACCCCGACCCUGCCCCCCACGCUGCUCUGGAACAACAGGAAGGCCUCUCCAUGACGGAGGUUGCGUGGUGCCCUCGCAUGUAUUGGCCCUGCUCUUUAAAAAAAAGUGGACCAUGUGACCUCAAUGCCCAGGGGCGAGGUCGAAGCUCCAAGCCCCAAAGUGAGCCUCGUCCCUGGGCACCGGGUCCUGCCUCCUGCGCCUCUUGACCUCGACUGUGGAGGAUUCCCCCCCUCUGUGGUAUAAGACCAGCUCUCUGUGACACUGAUGUGGGUGUGUCUAUGGAAGAACUGUGGAAGUCCGACACGGUAGAGGUCCGCGAGGUGCUAUUUCUGUGAUUACAGAUGUCAUUCACAAAAAGAGACAGUCAGCUUAUUUAUUUCCAGUUCUUCUGAGGCCAUAUGUGUGAUAUAGUCUCUCUCAUGUUGUUCUGCUGCACACAGGAGUUCCACUCCAGAAUAUGGUGCUGAUUAUACUGGACAUGCCAUCCUGGUGUAUAUUCCCAUGAGUGUGUGUGUGUGUGUGUGUGUGUGCCACCGAGUCUCAGGCGUCUCUGUAGUUUACAUGUCGAACGACGCCUUCGUGCUCCUCCAGUGGACGGGCUUGGAUACGGGACCCUUUCAGGUACAGCGCUCCCUGAGCUCGUGUUUGGAAGUGCUACCGCGGCCCCGGCAACGAGCAACCAGGGGUCAGGGUAACCUCAGUAAUAUCCCAUGGUGCACUUCUCUUCCCCAUUUGUUACCACCAGCCUUUGAGGAAUAACAACCUGCAGCUAAAAUGCAACCGACUGCGCUAACCUUUACUAGAAAACUGACACAAAAAACACGAUCCUGCUUUGGUUUAAGGUGUGACGGUAAACCACGUAGCUGACAGGUGUACGCUGUGGGCGUGACACUCUGUGCCAAAGUGACACUCCUCGUUAAAGAUGCGUCUAGACAGCAAGUAUAGUUAUGCAAUCGGACCGAUACGAGCAGUCCCCAUUUAUUGACAUGUACAGACUGACAUAAACGACCAAAUCCCAGCUGUUGCCGUGCUUCAGUGUCGGCUCUGCUUCCGGAUCUGAAGAACAUGGCGAAAAGAGGGAAAAACCAAGUCUACGCGUGAAAGGUAACGACUUGACUCCCCUGGUGUCGACACCUGGACUGUUCCGUGUGCUCGUGUUGUUCCGGACGUCGUGCCGAGCUCUGUUAUUGUACAGACGUGGGGCCUCCCUUCAUCUGCUUUCACUCCCUUGACCCUGAAACGAGCGGACCCUUCCCCCCCCCCCACCUGGUCUUUGACCUUGCCCCCACCACCUUCCUAAUGGAUCAAACCGGCUCUACGGGUGUCUCCAUGGUAACCGCUUUGUAAAUAGUGACAAGUGUUGUAUGUUCUGGCUUUUACUCUCGCGGCGAAGCACAGGGAUUGAAUUGGAAGACGAGGAUGAGAUAAUACUGUCUAUGAUGGUGAAACUGAGAUUUAAGAAUGUCUUGGGUUAGAUGCAAUGACUCCGGUAACGAGAAAAGGUUUAUUUUAGAAUGUGAAUAUCUUUUUUUUUUCUUCUUCAGAAUGGUUGUUUGUGGUUAUGAGAUUCUUUAUACUCUAUUCAUGAUUGGUUGUUUUACUCCCUGCUGACCCCGUGGUUCUGCUCCUAUGAUGCAAUGCAGAUGUUUUCAUUGUAUAUGGAUGUUUUAUUGCACAAUGUUUACGUGGUGUUGUGUUGACUUCUUAAUGGACUGGGUGUGUCUCAGCGAGUCGUUUGAUCUGUGAAGAUCGCUUUGGAUUGUUAGAGCCACAAAGUAUCAAUAGCGCCGAUUGAUUUCUCAUUCCCACUGAUCACCCACAAUGUGUCCGAUUGAUUCAGCCGUACGAGUUAGCGGCCCCGUCACGGGAUCCAUCCCGGCUGCCGUCGGCGCGCCAAUAUUCAAGAGGAAUCGGAGAAGAUCGCUGAUUUCACAAGAGAUGGCGACUCAGCCGAGCUGCGUUGUGAUUGGCUGAAUGUAUGAAUGCAAAGUGUUCGCUCACUGCCUGAAACCCUGUGUAACUUAUUAAUGGAACAUGCGGCUGUCUCUAACCGGCGGACCUGGCUCCUUCAUGUGAUUAUUGUCUUCAGAAGUUAUGUAUGCAGUUUUUUUUUUAAUGCUAUUUAAUAAGGAUGCAACAUUUUUUUGAUAAAGCAUUGAUUUGCUCCGCCUUGUGCUGCGGGUGGGGUUGCAUGAGUCGUGCAGCACUGCAAUGCAGAACUAUGGCCAACAUUUUCAUUUUUUUUGGGGCUCAUUCACACGAGGAUUCAAAUGUUUCUGUGAUCAAGCAAAACGGAAAGGAGCCAAGGUCAGCUCCUCCACCUGGCCAAUGAGAGAGGAGGCACAGCCUCUCUGUUGCUCCAUUGGUCCUGCUGAGUCGUGUGCAUUAUGGAUCCGUGUGUUGCCACGUUUACUGAAGUCAUGAGGAGAUGAAUGUAUCUAUCGUCUCCUAAAGCACAUCGGUGUGUUUACCCAGCACGGCCACAUGAUUAUAAUGUGCUCAUGAUGAAAAGAUCUAAAAGGCUAACGUGAAGAGCUGCUUCCGAUCCGCGCACACGUCGGCUCCAUCACCUCCGAUCCCCUGACGUAUCUGUCUGUUGUAAGCUAACUUGACUCUGGAGGCGGAUUACUGCCCGUCACUGGAGUCAGGAAUCUAAAGCGCUGCUCUGAGAUCAGCUCUCUGGUGCUACAGCCAGUACAGAUUGGCCAUUUUACUGUCCCCAGUCCAUGUUUAGUUGUUUGGAGACACAAUAUUUCAGCACCUGAACAGGGACUGCCUUUCAUAGUGUUGUUGUUGUUGUUGUUUUUAAAUUGUCGUCUUUCUUUACAUGACAUGCAGUAUAUUUUAACCGGCAUACAUACGUGUUUGUGGAAAGAAAAAAAGAUUGUAUGUGAUAUUUCAUGAUUAUGUUCCCAAUAUUUUAUAAGUACUGUACCUGUACAGCAAUAAAGCACAGUUGUGUCAAUGCCCGUAAUUCAUAGCUUUCCUACCGUGGAAAUAUUGCAUGUUUAACUUGGAAAAGUCAGCAUUCAAAUAAACGAAUGGAAACUUCA